UAUGUCUAUGUGCUGCAGGUUACUGGACUGACCGCCUGUGUUUUGUGAAGGGGAGGAGCUCACAGCAGCAUCUGCUGCUCGUUGAGGACAGUAACUGCAGAACGAUCCGAGCUUUCAUUUCAGAGUCUCCAAAACACCAGAAAAAGUCGCUAGAUUUGUCACUAGUUGCUUUUGUCAAAAAAAAAAAAAAAAAAAAAAACGUGGCCUGGAGGUUUUGGAAAGUCGCUAAGUUGCAACACUGGCAUGUUCGUGCAGAGCUCUCCUCUGUUCCUUGUCAAGCUCAGUUUGUUUGCCAGCUCCGAGAAAAACCAGUUUCUGUGUUUUCAAGCUGUUCAGCAUCAACAGAUCGUGAAGAGACAGAAGCAGAAUUAUUCCAUCAUGAAUGUUUAAUUCUGUCAUGGAGUCCUGGACCAGGUUUAUUCUCCUUCUCCUCGUGAUCAGAUUAUCUGAUGCUGAAGAAGAGCAGAAUAAUCUGACAGGAACUGAGGGAGGAAACAUCACUCUGCCUGAUCCUGUACUGGAGAGAGGAUAUCUGUUAUAUGAAGGAAAUGUUAUUGCUCAGGUGAUAAACAGAGUACUCAUCAUAGAUGAUGGCAUUUAUAUUAGCAGACUUCACUGGAACAAUAACUCUGGACUCUUCACAAUCACAGACCUGCAGAAGAGAGACUCUGGGAUUUAUAAAAUUGACUCUAAAAAAGGAGUAAUUUCUACUAAAUCUAUUUAUAGCCUCACAGUUUACGACUCUGUAGCGCUUCCUGCUGUCCAAACACUGAGUGUGAGCUCUGACAGCUGCUAUCUGCUGUGUGCUGUGGACAAAGCUGCAGAGAUCACACUGUGGUGGUACAAAGAUGAGGAGGUGGUGAACCAGAGCAGCUCUGCUGGACCUCUGCCUCUCACUGUGACCAAGCAGGACCUCAGCUCCUCUUACAGAUGUGUGGCUGGAAACCCUGCAGAAGAAAGGACUCUUCUAGUGGAUCUUCAGACGUUCUGUGGAGAGAACUUCACUGCAGUUCAGAACAACACAGAAUCAAGACAUCAUUGGAUCAUAAUAGCAGUCUCCAUUGGAUGUGUUGCACUUGCAAUUGUUCCACUCGCAUUUUUAAUCAAGUGGAAGUGCUUCAAGAGAAACGAGUGGACAGCCACAGAAAGACAAGAUCCUGAGGGCACAAAGUCAGACGCGGAGUACACUGAAGUAAACAUCUGUCCUGACAGACGCAGUCAGGGAGGAAAUUUACCGGAUUCACCAGGCUCUGUGGAUCGCUCCAAUCUGACGACAGUUUAUGACAAACUGGAGGCUCAUCGGAUGGUGCUGCCAGACUCGGAUGGUAACGUUUGACAGCAGAAAACAGAUUUCUACCAUUAUUGUGCAGCUGACUGAAACCAAAGAUGAAGGAAAAUGUACAGACCAUAAUCGACCAGUACUAUUUGUAGAUAACCAAAAAUACAACUGUCCUGUACCCAUUUCAAUAUUUGCUAUUUAUUUUGUUCUUGUGAUUGUAUUAACUUCUUGCACUGCUUUGUUACUGUCCAUUGUUGCAUUUCAUCUGUUCUCAGAAGGUCUUCACAUUUCAUCCUUGGUGUUAAUAAAGAUGCUCUGUAUGGAGA